CCUCUCUCCUCCAACUUUCACCCUUUAAAAUCACUUUUCUCAUCUUCCAAAUUUUUCACAACUCAAUGAUCUUUUCCUUCUCUUCUUUCUUUUCUCAUCAUCUUUUCCAAACUCCAUUUUUUUACCUUCAACUUUUCCCAUAUUAACUUUUUAUUUCUUUCAUGGAAGAACAACAGAAUCAUUCUUCUAGAACCUUUUCUUUCGAAAGAAGAAAACUUCCCAACUUUUUAAUAUCUGUGAAGCUUAAAUAUGUGAAACUUGGUUACCACUAUUUAAUUUCCAAUGCUAUGUACUUAAUUUUAAUACCUCUCUUAGGAGUAACUUCAGCUCAUUUAUCAACUAUUUCGAUCAAAGAUUUAAUCCAACUCUAUGAAACUCUCAAGUUCAACUUUCUUUCAAUGACACUAUGUUCAAGUUUAGUAGUAUUUCUCGCAACGCUUUACUUCAUGUCACGUCCAAGAGGCGUAUACUUGGUUGAUUUUGCAUGUUAUAAACCGCAACAAGAUUUAACUUGCACACGAGAAGUUUUUGUCGAGAAAUCGAAUUUAACAAAAGCUUUUACAGAAGAGAAUCUUUUGUUUCAGAAGAAGAUACUUGAGAGAUCAGGUUUAGGGCAAAAGACAUAUUUGCCAAAAGCAAUAUUGAGGGUCCCACCAAAUCCUUGUAUGGCUGAAGCAAGGAAAGAAGCUGAAGAGGUUAUGUUUGGUGCUAUUGAUGAAGUGCUUGAGAAAACUGGUGUGAAGGCUAAGGAUAUCGGAAUUUUGGUUGUGAAUUGUAGCUUGUUUAAUCCAACACCUUCUUUGUCUGCUAUGAUUGUGAAUCAUUAUAAUUUGAGAGGGAAUGUUCUAAGCUAUAAUCUCGGUGGUAUGGGCUGUAGUGCCGGACUUAUCUCUAUCGAUCUUGCCAAACAACUUCUUCAGGUACAUCCAAACUCAUAUGCCUUAGUAGUGAGCAUGGAGAACAUAACCCUAAACUGGUAUUUCGGCAACAACAGAUCAAUGUUAGUCUCAAACUGUCUCUUCAGAAUGGGAGGAGCAGCAAUCCUCCUCUCCAACAAACCCUCUGACCGCGGUCGAGCGAAAUACCAACUAGUCCACACGGUCCGAACGCACAAAGGCGCGGACGACAAAUCCUACGGCUGCGUCUUUCAAGAAGAAGACGAAACGAAAAGAGUCGGUGUCGCACUCUCAAAAGACCUAAUGGCUGUCGCCGGAGAAGCACUCAAAACAAACAUCACAACAUUGGGACCAUUAGUCCUUCCCAUGUCAGAACAGCUCUUAUUUUUCGUGACGCUGGUUGCGCGGAAAAUCUUCAAGAUGAAAAUAAAACCCUACAUUCCCGAUUUUAAACUAGCUUUUGAGCAUUUUUGUAUUCAUGCUGGAGGAAGGGCGGUUUUGGAUGAACUUGAAAAGAAUCUUGACCUAAGUGAUUGGCAUAUGGAACCAUCAAGGAUGACACUUUAUAGAUUUGGCAACACUUCUAGUAGUUCUUUAUGGUAUGAAUUGGCUUAUACAGAAGCUAAAGGGAGGAUCAGAAAAGGUGAUAGAACAUGGCAAAUUGCAUUUGGUUCUGGAUUUAAGUGUAACAGUGCUGUUUGGAAAGCUUUGAAGACUAUUAAUCCUGCUAAGGAAAAGAGUCCUUGGAUUGAUGAGAUUCAUGAGUUUCCUGUUCAUGUGCCUAAAGUGUCAAAAGUUAUUGAGUCUUAAGUAUCAAUAUUUUCAUGUUUUUUAUUUAUUUAAUCUAUGUUAAGGAAUGUGUUUGUUUAAAUGAAGUACUAGUAACAUGUUUAUGGUACUUUUGUUAUUUCUUAGUAGAUGUUGCAAGAGUAGAAAAGAAUAACUUUGCAAAUUUAAUUUGUAUUUUGUUUUUUCUUUGAAUGUAGAUUCAAUAUUUGGACAUGUUGGUCAUGUUUUGUUUGUAUCAAAUAACUUGUUAAAUGUAUGCCAAUUAAUUUUCAAA